AAGCAGACCAGCAGGGAGGGGAAGGGAUGAAAUGGUAAUGAGAAUGACAGGCAGGAAGGAAUAGAACGUGCGGACGACGCUGGCCCGCUUGCAGGUGCCGGUGGGGGUGCAGAGGGGGACCCCUCCAUCCGUGACAGUUUUCUUAGGUGGUGCAUGACUGAGCCAAGAGGCAGAAGCAAAGACCCUUCCCCUGGCCCUGAGCCUCUCUCGGGGCUGAAAUCCAACGGGGACUUUGCAACAUGCAACUCUCCAGAAACUGUAUUCCAUCAGGAUUUCUCCUAGUUUUGUUUUACAGCCCUGUCUCUGUGGCCUGGACUUCCACGCUGCCCAGCUCAAUCCAAGCCCUGAAAGGAUCCUGCGUGGUCAUUCCGUGCUCCUUCACCUUCCCGGGUCCCCGCACUUCUUGGGGGAGCAAAUUCAGCGUGGCCUGGUACCAGUAUUGGUCAAGAGGUUACCCUGAAAUCUAUAACAGCAAGAGCUCAAGUAGUGUCCUUCGUGAGUAUCAAGGGCGGACGGAGGUGGUGGGAAACCUAGAGAUGGGCAACUGCACCCUCCUCCUCAAAGAUGUGAACCAGCAGGACGCCAUGAGUUACUACGUGUGGAUCAAUCCCGACUCAGUCAAGCACCGGUUCUAUGAUGUCACUGUUCGGGUGGAAGUCACAGAUGUUCCAAGCCAGCUUGAGAUGAGCGACCCGGGAUUAUUGACUGAAGGGGAUCGCACCUCACUGACCUGCUCAGUUUUGCACACCUGCCCUAUGGAUCCGCCUAACCUCACUUGGAGCCUUGCAGGAGGGAAGGCUGUGACAGUCCAGGAGCGUCUGGCAGGGGGUGUCUGGCGGACAGAAUCAGAGCUCACUUACAUCCCCUCCCACAAGGACAAUGGCAAAUACCUCCAGUGUACGGCCACUUUCCCCACCCGGCAAUUGUCACAAAAUGGUAUCACCUUGCAGGUUAAAUAUUCCCCGAAGGAUGCCAUCGUCUCUGUGGUGGGGAACCCGACUCUGAAGGAAGGAGACAGUGUCACCCUGCGAUGUAGCAGCCACAGUAACCCCCCUGCCCUCAGUUACCGCUGGUUUUCUGGGCCGCAAAAGGCACCACUGCGGGGAGCAGGGACAGGGCAGGAGGCGAAGCUGACAGACGUCAAAAGGGACUCUGGGCCAUAUUACUGCGUUGCAGAGAAUGACGUUGGAAUGGGAGAGGAUUCGCCCCCUGCUUACCUCAAUGUCGAGUACAAACCAGUGAUCCUUCCAGAAGGGAAUUGCACCAUAUCCAGGACCGGAGAGACAAUCACGUGCUACUGCUUGGUGGAAGGAAACCCCUUGCCAGGAAUAGAGUGGCAGCUGACAAACCAAACCAUUCCUGAGGACUUUAACAGCUCAGAACUGCAGGCGGCCUCGGCUUCACAGGGGCAGACACUUAUUGGGGUACUGAGGGGCCCCUCAUCCAUACUGGCCAAUGUGUCCUGCUCAGCCACUAACAUGCAUGGGCCCAGCCUGCUCACCUUGCCCACCUUUCAAGCAGGCCAGUCUAUCCUGCUAUUCAUAGCAUGUGGGGCUGCAGCUGGGGGCCUCCUCCUCUUUACCUUGCUAGGGAUUGUGAUCUUCAAAGUGGUAAAGACCAGGAAAGAGACAGCAGAAGGACAGGAGGAGGAAGAAGAGGAUGACCCAACACUGUAUGUCAAUGAUGGAAAUACAGAGCAAAAGGUAUCUCUUAAAGAAGAAAAGCCGUCCAACUCUGAGAAGGAAGAGCAAGUCAACAUGUACAGCAAGUCAACAGCAGGAAGGAGCCCAGCUACUUACAAUGACUCAUCCACAGAAGCCUACGAGACCAUGGAAAGCAAAGACGAAGAUUAUGAGAACGUAGUGGCGAUGGGGACUCUGGGGAAUUUUGGGAACACGGGCAACUGGCAGGCGGCUUCGGGGACUGACCAGAUCUACUCCAACGUCUGAUCCGAGACAUCCCGCGCGUUUCUAUUUUUCAAGUGCUUCCAGAACUAGAAAUAUUAGUAGCUAGAGCAACUGGUGGGAAUGGCGGGGAGACAGAGAGGCACGAGGGGGUAUGUAGUUAAGACACCUAUAUAAAUAACCUUGCACAGUUGCCAAUUGGUAAAGCUUUUGUGAGUCAAAGCUCGUAAGUGAGCUAUGACUCAUGUCCACUUAUGCUCUGGAAAAAUUACUCUGGUUUUCAAGGUGCUACAGGACUCAAACGUUAUUCUACUACUAUUCUACUACUGCAGACUAACACGCCCCCCGCCCCGCCAAACCCCCCUCGAUCUACAUGGUAAAUGUUGCCUUCCAGAAUUCUCAGCAAAGUACGCUUAGUACAAUCCCUAGGGACUCCUUGUUGUGGGAAAUAUUAGUGUUACUUCCUGCUAUAUUGGGGGCAUAUUAUAGAGUUAGAACUGUCUGAAUAUCCCUGACUAGGCUAUUCGGAGCUUGGAAGCUAAGCAGGGUCAACCACGGUUAGUGCUUGGAUGGGAGACCUCGGAGGAAGAUGGAUUGUUAUGCAGAGAAAGGCAACUGCAAACCCCAAAUUCUAAAGUUGCCAUGAGUCAGUUGAGGUUUGACAGUAGACAGUUAUGAUUACAGAGGUAGAACCCUGGAUUUCAAAACUGCGGGGUGGGAUUAUGGCACUACCUCCUUCGGACUUCCUUCUGGAGGAAAUAUUCUGGAUUCUUUGGGUUGCCAUCCACCAGGUACUGUUUAGAAAUCUCCUGCAGUUUCCUCUGAUCUCCAGGUGACAAAGAUCAGCUCACCUGAAGGAAAUGGCUGUUUUGGAAGGUGGACUGUAUGGCAUUUAUUCCCCACUGAAGUUUCUCCCCUCCCCAAAUCGCACCAUCUUAAUGCUCCACUCUAAAAAUCUCAAAGUAUUUGCCAACCCAGAGCUGGCAACCCUAUAUAAUGAUCCUGACCCUCGGAUUUCCGUAGCGCAAGGGAAUAAACUAACUCCCCAGAUUGUCCGCUGAAUGGAGGUGAGUUAUUUAAUCCCCUUCCCUCCAAGAUAGAGCUCUUUCAUACUGUGCUGAGCCUAUUGUAUCGGUGGAUUGUACUGUCACGCCUUGUAAAGUAUAUGUCUCUAUUUUUGUA